AUGGCUCCUCUCAGCAUCAACGUAACGGGCACAUCAUCCGUCAGCCACCAGCCAGAGCGCUGCACCCUCAAAUUCUGCAUCAAAACAAACGGCUCGGAGCAAGAAAAAGUCGCUGAAAAUGUAACCAAAGCAGCCAACGUGCUCCAGGGCUGGUUCAAACAAUUCCACACUCCCGAAGUCUCUACAAGCACACAACCAGUGACAAGAUUCUCAACAUCGAACAUCACCGCCUGGAAAAAAUCCAGGGACGACAACGACCAGCCCGUCCCAGACCCACACCACGCCAAGAUCAACUUCACAGCCAUUUUCCAGGACUUCACCGCAAUGGGCAGAGUCGUCAGCUCACUCCUGGCUUACCCAGAGGUCGAAAUCGACUCCAUAGACUGGAGUCUUACCGACGAGACCGGGAAGCGACUGUCAUCCGACGCUCGCAAGGGCGCAUUGCGCGAUGCCAUUCAGCAGGCUCAGGACCUUUCGGAGGUUUUGGGUCGUGAGGUCGUUGCUGUGGAAGUGUCGGACUCGGAGUUUUCGCCGGCUCCUCCACUGAGAUAUAUGAUGAGUGCGCGAGGCCCUGGUGGUUUCCGGGAUGAGUCGCCUCCGCUUGAUCUUACGCCUCAGGAGAUUGAUGUCAAGUCUUCUUUGCAAGUGAGAUUUGAGGCUGUGUGA